AUGCCGCCGCGGCGCAGCAUCGUGGAGGUGAAGGUGCUGGACGUGCAGAAGCGGCGGGUGCCCAACAAGCAUUAUGUCUACAUCAUCCGGGUCACCUGGUCCAGUGGCUCUACGGAGGCCAUUUACCGGCGCUACAGCAAGUUCUUCGAUCUCCAGAUGCAGAUGUUGGACAAAUUUCCCAUGGAAGGAGGACAGAAGGACCCCAAACAGCGGAUCAUCCCCUUUCUCCCCGGCAAAAUUCUCUUCCGACGAAGCCACAUUCGGGACGUGGCCGUCAAACGCCUGAUACCAAUAGAUGAAUACUGUAAGGCCCUGAUCCAGCUGCCCCCAUAUAUCUCCCAGUGUGAUGAGGUGCUGCAGUUCUUUGAAACAAGACCGGAGGACCUGAACCCCCCCAGAGAGGAACAUGUUGGGAAAAAGAAAUCUGGGGGCGACCUGACCUCAGUGGACCCCAUGGUCUUGGAGCAGUAUGUGGUGGUGGCAGACUACCAGAAGCAGGAGAGCUCGGAGAUCAGCCUCAGCGUGGGGCAAGUGGUGGACAUCAUCGAGAAGAACGAGUCAGGCUGGUGGUUCGUCAGCACUGCUGAAGAGCAAGGCUGGGUCCCCGCAACCUGCCUGGAAGGCCAGGACGGAGUGCAAGACGAGUUCUCCCUGCAGCCUGAAGAAGAAGAGAAGUACACAGUCAUCUACCCCUACACAGCGCGUGACCAAGAUGAAAUGAACCUGGAGAGAGGAGCCGUGGUGGAGGUCAUCCAGAAAAACCUGGAAGGCUGGUGGAAGAUCAGGUACCAGGGCAAAGAGGGCUGGGCCCCAGCCUCCUACCUGAGGAAGAGCAGCGGGGAACCCUUACCCCCGAAGCUGGGCCCUGGCUCACCUGCCCACGUGGGCGUCCUGGAGCUCGAUGGCGUCUCCCGGCAGCAGAACUCAGGGGGCCGGGAGAAGGAGCUGCUGAACAACCAGAGGGAUGGCCGGUUUGAGGGCCGCCCCGCGCCUGACGGUGACAUCAAGCAGAGAUCACCCAAGAUGAGGCAGAGGCCCCCUCCUCGCCGGGAUAUGACCAUACCUCGAGGUCUCAACCUGCCCAAGCCUCCCAUCCCACCCCAAGUGGAGGAAGAGUAUUACACCAUUGCUGAAUUCCAGACGACCAUCCCUGAUGGCAUCAGCUUCCAGGCAGGCCUGAAGGUUGAGGUGAUCGAGAAGAACUUAAGCGGUUGGUGGUACAUUCAGAUCGAAGAUAAGGAGGGCUGGGCCCCAGCAACCUUCAUUGACAAGUAUAAGAAGACUAGCAAUGCCUCGAGACCCAACUUUCUGGCUCCCUUGCCCAGCGAGGUGGCACAGCUCCGGCUGGGGGACGCGGCAGCAGUGGAGAACAGCUCGGGCGGUGAAGCCAGCGGCCCCUCCCGGCCCCUGCCCGAUGCCCCGCACGGCACGGGGGACUCGGGGACGCCGUGGGCCAAAGACUGGAAGGGCGGUAAGGAGGUGCUGAGGAAGGCGUCUUCAGACACGUCUUCGUGUGCAGGCUAUGAGGAGAUCUCAGACCCUGACCUGGAGGAGAAACCCAGCCUCCCUCCCCGGAAAGAAUCCAUCAUCAAGUCAGAAGGGGAACUGCAGGAGCGGCAGAGAAUGGAGCAAUUCAGGGGUUCUUCACCCAAGCCACCUGGCGUGAUCUUGCCAAUGAUCCCAGCCAAACACGCCCCACCAGCCCGGGACAGCAGGAAACCAGAGCCCAAACCUGACAAAAGCAAGUUGUUCCAGCUGAAGAAUGAGAUGGGGCUGGAGUGCGGCCACAAAGUGUUGGCCAAGGAAGUGAAGAAGCCCAACCUGCGACCUAUCUCCAGAUCCAAAGCUGACCCGCCGGAGGAGAAGCCAGAAGCCGUUCCCCAGAACCUUUUCUUGAAGUCUAAACCUCAGGUUAGGCCAAAACCAGCUCCUUCCCCCAGGACAGAGCCACCUCAGGGCGAAGACCAAGUGGACAUCUGUAACCUCCGGAGCAAGCUCAGGCCUGCCAAGUCCCAGGAGAAGGCCUCCGUAGACGGAGAGAGCAGCCACCAGGCGGGAGGAGGCCAGGAUGGGGCCUUCGGUCGUGGCUUCCCUCCAGGGGAGGGGCCUGGCCGUCCCCAGGACAGGACGAGCAAGCAGGAGGGGCCCAGCCCAAAGGAGGCGCCCUGCAGGGCCCCUCCGAGGCCAGCCAAGACCACGGAUCCUGUGCCCAAGAGCGCGCCGGUCCCUCUCCAAGAGGCUUCCCUCCAGAGACCUGUGGUUCCGCCUCGGAGACCACCACCCCCCAAGAAAACCUCCUCAUCGUCUAGGCCCCUUCCAGAAGUCAGAGGUCCACCUCCAGACGCCAGAGGGCCCCUUCCAGACGUCAGAGGGCCACAGCGGGAGAGCAGUGAAGGCAAGGCAGCUCCUGCCCCAGGCCGGGCCCUGCUUGUCCCUCCGAAAGCCAAACCUUUUCUCUCCAACUCCUCAGGGGGCCAGGAUGACAUGCGAGGCAAAGGUGGGCCAGGGCCGCGGAUGAUGGGCAAGACGGGAGAAAACAAGGAGAAAGUGGCUGCAGGCCCCUUCCCCAACACCGACGGCCCAAAAGACUUGUAUGUGGCCGUGGCCAACUUUGAAGGCGACCAAGAUACCAGCGGCUUCCAGGAGGGGACGGUGUUCGAGGUCCGGGAAAAGAACAGCAGCGGCUGGUGGUUCUGCCAGGUCCAGAGCGGGGCCCCAUCCUGGGAAGGGUGGAUUCCUUCCAAUUAUCUCAGAAAGAAGCCCUAG